AUGACCCCAACGUGGUUCUGCCAGUCACAAACCCCACCAGGUCAUUCUGGGUUGAAGCCGCCCAAAAAGGCCGAUAUCGUGAUCAUCGCCAGCGGGUAUUCGGGUACUUCUUCAGCGUGUUGGAUCCACAAGUUUGCCAAGCCGGGUCAUGUCCCCAGUAUUGCCAUCCUCCAAGCGCGCGACGCGGCCACCUACGACCGCGCAUCUACACCUCCUACCCUGCCUGGUCUUCUCAUUCGGUCCCGAAGGCGCGCACAGUUUACGGAGGAUUUUGAGAGGGCAAGGGAAAGUGCGAGCACGCCUUGUGCGGUGAAAAUUUAG